ACCAAGCAAUGCAAUUUUGAGUUUUAGUUUCUUUUUAGAUAAAGAAGAAUAUGUAGAAAACUCAAACUAAACAAAAUCCAAUUACAUUGUGCAUAUUGCCUCAUGCACAUGUUAUGCCACUACACUUUUUGGAGCUUUUUACAACUGCAUUUCUUCUAAUUACAAUUUUUAAUUAAAAAAUAUGUAUUUUUUUUUUCUGUAAAAAUCAAAUGUUAGUUUUGAGAAAGUAUGACAAUAUAUAAUUUCGAUGACAAGAAGGAGAUGAACUGGAAAUGUGACAAGAAAUGUUACAUUUUUUUCUUUAAAAUUUACAUUUUUAUUAUAUUUCUAUCAGUUUUUAGGGAUUUUUAGUCGAACAGUCCAUAAACUUUUCGUGUACGACAAUUUAACUUAAUUUUGCCUUUUGCUAGGGUUUUCGAUUCCCUAUUGUUUCAAGAUCUUCUGGUUUCCUGACUUGUUACGGAAGCUUCCACUCUCUAUCACCAUUGAUUACUUCCAUGAACCAAGUAAAUUGUUUGGGAGCUUCAAGGUCGAGUAUGUUCUCACAUGGGUCCUUGCCCUUCUUGUCCAGAAAUAUUCAGAGCCGCAGAGGAUCUCGCUUCACUGUUAGAGCAGAUGCAGUUUAUUCAACCUUAUCUCAGAUUAAAAGCGCAUAUCGGAGACUGGCUUUGAGUUACCAUCCUGAUGUGAAUAAGAGUCCUGAAGCAGAAAAGAGAUUCAUAGAAAUAAGUAAUGCAUAUGAGGUCUUAUCAGAUGAGAUGAAAGAUAGGUGUGUUGAAGACUCUGGAAUGGGAGACAUGGGGACAUGGUAUCCAAACAAAGAGUUUGAGUUUCAUUCUUUAAGGACUCUUAAAGCCAAAUGUACCACGUGUGGCGGACUAGGUCAAGUGAUUUCAUCAGCAGAAGCUCCUCUUGACGUGAACCAACAAGUCAUGAUUUGCUCUUCCUGUAAUGGCACUGGAGUGAUGCGUGCUCUUGGAUGAUGACCGGGUGAUCUGUUUGUUGUUAUAACGUACCUGGUACCAAUAUAGCUUGCUAGAUAUCUCCUAUAUCGACAAUGACAGUAGCAGGGACAGAACCUAGCACAAAACGCCUGGUGAUGGCGAAAAAGGGUGUGUUGGUUUUGAACAAAGAGUGAUAUGAAUGGAUCAGUUGGUGAAAAUGCAAGUGGAUUUACCUAAGAGAUUGAGCAAAGAGAAGAAACUUAUUGAGGAGCUUGAUGAUAUGAGAAUGAACAAGACUGCUAAAUUGCUAGUGUAGUACCAAAACAUGAUUAGCAAGAACAAGGUAUUGACAUUGGAAAUGUGAUCUAACAAAAAGACUACUAAAAGCUGUGGACACAAUGCUCGCAAACCAAAUCUACAAACCAUUCAAUCUUUGUACUAUUGACAAAAAUAAAACACAAUGUAUUACCUCAAUGUUGUUGAUGAGAGAAGAACAAAAGUCUUAUGCAA